AUGCUUCUUGGAUAUUCGGCCUCUGUCAUUGGCGACGAGAGUAGGUUGGACUCUCCAGCUCCGCGGCCGCUGUCUUUGCGUGUGGAUAGUCCCUCGCAGGGUGUCUCACGGCUCCUAGAUUUUGCGCACUACAAAGAGCUCGCCUUCUUUCCAACUCUGGGUCAGAGCAGCAUCUACAGUCUCACCGUCCUGCCCUCACGUCCCUCUGGAAAGGUGGACAAUGCAGCUGGCAAAUAUGAUAUAAUCGCAGCCUGCUUACUCUCUGUUGCUGACAUUGUAUGCAUUCGUGCUCUUUACGACUAUGCCAGCGAGGAGUACCUGGCAGGCGUGGGAUUUGAAGACGGUCAAAGUUUUUUUAAUAUUUACGGCGCGGAUACCCAGGAAAACUUGCCCGAAUGUUGCCUCUGCUUCUCUGACCUUCCCUAUGUCCCCCUCCAGGCUACACACUCUUAUUAUAUCUCUCCGAGUACCAAAAAACCACAAUGGGCGUUCUUCCUUGCUUGUGGCAAUCCUUGUCAUUCCCCUACCUCCUUUGGACCAACAGGCAGUCAGUUGCCCUCCUCCAUCCAGGUUUAUGCUCGACUUGGAGAUUGUAGAGGUUGCAAGACCGAUUUGGGCUCCGAGGAUCCCCUGGCACUGUCCAGCAGUCCACCCGACCAGUCUGUUACUGACUCGGUCUCCAGCAAUGGUGGUGGUUUCAAGCUCACAGUGGAGGCUUCUGGUACCAGCCGCCAGUCCUCCUACUUGGUGAAUAAGGUGUACGGAGAGCUGGACCUCGCCUCCACCAUCUCACUCUUCCCUGAAAUCAAGUGUGUUCCCGCCUCCAUGGUCACCUACAUGGACUUUGUGAUGCUGAAAACGGAUCCGCCCGUGAGGCUGUCUGCUUUUGGUUGCAUUGACGGCUGGUUCGGCGUGGGCAUCACGGACAUCAGCAAGCCAGUGUUGCUGCACUUCUUUUCGGGCUCGCACGACUCUCCCAUCACUUGUGUCAAGCUGUUCAAGCAGUUUCCCGAGGAACCAUCUUCGCAUCCCCUGGGCUCUCAAGGUAUCAUCUUAGCUUUUUAA